AUGCCCGCCGCGCGGCGGCGGUCGAUCAAGACUUCCUCUUCCUCCGGGUCUCAACCAGAUCGCGUCUUCACAGACGUCGUCCUGACCAUCAAGUCGGAAUACGUGGUACUUAUCCGAGAGCGAAGGAAGAACCACGAAUUCAGGUCUUACAAGCUACGUCCUUCAGUGCAAAGACUGUGGCUGUAUGAGUCUGCACCACGCUGUGCCAUUCAGUACGUCUCCACAGACCGCGGCCCCAAAGUUCCCGGGGAGCUACGCGAUCCUAGUGGCGUCAAAAACGACGACUUCGACGCGGGGCUCAUGACGGCUUACGCAUACCCUGUCCGAGCACUGUACAAGCUCGACGCGCCCGUGACGCGAGAGGAACUCAACAAUCGGUUUGCUGUAAAGUCGCCACAGGGAUUUUGCUACGCGACAAGGCCUAUGGUGGAAUCCAUGCCGCUGGAAGGGAUGGAACAGGUUUUUUAG